AUGUUCCCAACGCGCGCCUUGUUAGGGCGCUCGGUCUGGAAAGGCCCAAACAUCGUCCCAAUUCCUCUCCCACGCACUUUACCACCUCCUCCGAACACUCCUCCCAUCCGCACCCAGAAGCGCAGUGCUACCAUUUUGCCUAACUUCGUCGGAAUCCGCUUCGCUGUUCACAACGGCAAGACAUACCAGGAGGUUUACAUUACCGAGGAAAUGGUCGGCCGCAAGCUUGGCGAAUAUGUUGCUACCCGCAAGCGCUUCACAUACAAGCAGUCCAAGAACAAAUAG